AAUAAAUGAGCACCCUUUUGUGGUCCACACCCUCUUUUUCCAUUCUAUAUAUUUACCCUUCCUUAUGUUUUUUCUAUUUCUAUACCAAGGUUGUUGUGGUCUUCCCCUUGACUUCACCAUAGCCUUCUCCUAAAUCAUUAAUAAUCUCUUAUAUUUCAUUCUUUACCUUAACUUAUGGAUGGAAGUUGGGGUGAAGGAAAGAGAAUCUAUGAGUACAGAGAAGAAAAUGAGUAUGAAGUAGAAGUAGAAAUAGAAGAAGAGGAAGAUGUGAGUUAUGGAGAUGAUGAGAAAAGGAAAAGGGUGGUGACUGAUCAUCUUUACAACAAGAAAGGGUCAAAAGCUGGAGGAUCAGUGACACCUUCUUGCCAAGUUGAUAACUGUAAUGCUGAUCUAAGUGCUGCUAAGCAGUACCAUAAGCGCCAUAAGGUUUGUGAAAACCAUUCUAAGGCUCAUUCCGUACUCAUUUCAGAGCUUCAACAAAGGUUUUGCCAGCAAUGUAGCAGGUUUCAUGAGGUAUCAGAAUUUGAUGACUUAAAAAGGAGUUGUAGAAGGCGUUUAGCUGGACAUAACGAGAGGCGUCGCAAAAGUGCAUCCGAAUAUCACUGAGAAGGAAUUCAUUGAUGAUGAUCAAACAUAUUGAGCAGCAUAUAUAGUUGAAAUAAAGACACCAUCCUUGAGUUCUUCAUAUUCAAAUUGAUGUUAUUUGUGGAAGCUCUCUCUCUUCUGUCAUCAAACUUUAUCUCCCUCUUUAUGCUAAGUUUGCUGCUCCAUUAGAUCGAGUAUAAUUUUAGCUGAAAACUAAAAAUAACUUGCUUGACUUCAUGCCUUUGCAAUUGUAUUGUAUGUGUUUCUUUCAUGUCCUCAUACCAUUAAUUUAUUAUCAUGGCUUUCUCACCAAUAAUAUAUUUGAGGGAUAUAUGCUUUGAAGAGUAGUGAUCAAAUGUCCCAAAAUUAGUACUAACUUUUUUGUCCAUGAAAGAUGUCACAUUUCAAAUUA